AUGACCGACGUCAAGUCAUUUAGGAAUCAUGUCGACGAUACUGAGGCCAAGAGGGAACUCGUUGAAGAGGAGAUCCCCAUGGACGAGGAGACCAAGAGAAUCGACCGUGAGACGGUGAUGAGACUGGACAUGCUGCUCAUGCCCAUGACUUUGAUGCUGUAUCUGCUGGCAUGGCUGGAUCGUGCUAAUGUUGGAAAUGCACGGGUGGCUGGUUUGGAAAAAGACCUCAAGUUGACUGAUCUGCAAUACAAAACCGCCAUUACCGUGACAUACGUCCCUUAUGUCCUCUCCGAACUCCCCUCCAACCUCCUCCUCAAAAUCAUCGGCCCUCGCAUCCUCCUCCCAACUCUGUGCGCGCUCUGGGGUCUAGUCACCACCCUUCAAUCCCAAGUACACAACUACCCUGGAUUCUUGGCGUGUCGCUUCUUCCUGGGUCUGCUCGAGGGUGGUCUAUUCCCGGGCAUCGUCCUCUUCCUCUCCAACUUCUAUCGCCGCCACGAGCUGCAGGUCCGCAUCGCCCUAUUCUUUUCCGCCGCCUCUCUCAGCGGUGCUUUCUCAGGCCUCCUAGCGGCAGCUAUUCAGCAGAUGAGCGGCGUCGGUGGCAUGAAGGGCUGGCAGUGGAUCUUCCUCCUCGAGGGUCUCUUCACAAUCUGCUUCGGCCUGUUCUCCUUCUUCAUGCUUCCCAACGGACCCGAGAAGGUCCUCACCUUCCGCUCCGAACAUGCUGAGCGCUGCGUCGCCCGUCUCAAGCAGGACGGCAACACCUUCGAGACUGAGGCCAAGGUGACCCUCAAGGAGGUGUUCUCCGUUCUGAAGGAUGUCCACGUCUGGAUCGUCUGCCUCAUCCUCUUCUCCAACGGCGCCUGCCUCUUUGGUCUCGCUUACUUCUCCCCCUCGAUCGUUCAGGGCUUCGGAUACAGCUCCACCAAGACCCAGCUCAUGACCGUGCCCCCUUACGCCUGCGGCUUCGUCGUCACCAUGCUGACAGCAUACAUUUCUGACCGUCGGCAGCAGCGUGGCGUCGGUGCCUUUGUCACCAGCGGUAUUGCGCUGAUCGGCGCCGCCAUGGCCGUCAACGGGCGCGGUCUCGCCGUGCGCUACUCGGCCCUUGUGCUUCUCGUCACGGGUGUCUAUGCUUGCGCCCCCUGCCUGAUCAGCUGGGUACCCAACAACACCGCUGGUCAUGUUCGUCGUGCCACUGCCGUUGCCAUGGCCUUCAUCUCGACCAACGUCGGUGGUAUCAUGAGCACUUGGAUCUAUCCCAAGGAGUCUGCUCCAUAUUACAAGCUCGGCAUCCGGUUUAAUCUGUCGCUGUUGGUGGUUGCGAUGACGCUGGUCGUGGCGCAGGUGCUGUGGUUGCGCAGACAGAAUCAGAAGAAGGAGAGCGAUCCUGUCGGGCUGUUGCAGGGAGUCGAGGAUCUGCCUUACGAGGAGCAGCUGGCCAAGCUGGGUGAUAGACAUCCGAAAUACAAGUAUACUUAUUAG